CACCUUGACAGCUGUGUGAGCUACUGAACAGACGAGGGAGAAAUCGGUUUUCAUUGUGGCGAGGAUUGAGUUUACUGUUUGUACUGUUAUAUAAUUCGGCUUUCUCUGGGUGUCUCGGUGGCGUGUUCCUGUCUCCGUUGUUGAUCCCCAGCCGUUGAAACCGGAAUGGCCGAACCGAGCGGCAGAUAUCAGCAGCUGCCCAAUGAGGAGGACCCAGAAGAGAGUCCACAGGUAGCUGCUGACGCUCCACCCCCAUACAGCAGCAUCACAGUGGACAAUGCUGCUUACUUUGACUACAAAGAAGACGGGGCUUUCCCCAAGCCUCCAUCAUACAACGUAGCAACUACGCUACCUUCCUAUGAUGAAGCAGAAAGAACCAAGGCUGAGACUACUGUUCCCCUGGUAACUGGAAGACAGCCUCAGCACAGGGAACGCCUGGAGACUUUUGACGAUGUAAUUCGCAGUUCACUGGAGGAUGAAGACUUUGUGACCAGAGAUGACUUUGAAGACGCCGAUCAGCUGAGGAUAGGAAAUGACGGCAUCUUCAUGCUCACUUUUUUCAUGGCAUUCCUGUUCAACUGGAUCGGUUUCUUCCUGUCUUUCUGUCUGACCACAUCAGCCGCCGGUCGCUACGGGGCCAUCUCAGGCUUUGGCCUCUCCCUCAUCAAAUGGAUCCUCAUAGUCCGGUUCUCCACAUACUUCCCUGGUUACUUUGAUGGACAGUACUGGCUGUGGUGGGUGUUCCUGGUGUUGGGCUUUUUGCUCUUUCUUCGAGGAUUCAUCAACUAUGCCAGGAUCCGCAAGAUGGCUGACACCUUCUCCACCCUGCCCCGCACCCGAGUCCUCUUCAUCUACUGAGUUCACAAUCCACCGGUUUACAUCGACCUUUUCUCACCCUUUUUUUCAGUGAUACAUGCUGUUUGGCUUUCUCCAAUCAAAAAGGGAGAAAAUAACUCUUUUUUUUUUUUUUUUUCUUUUUUCGCCCCCUGCUUGACAUGAUUUGGACAAUACAGCUAUUGUCCCCUUUUGGUGUAAAAUAGUGAAUGCUGACAAAUCUGUAAAACCCUUCAGUUGUUAGUGGUGAACUGUCAAGUGCUAUUUUACAAAUAUGAAGUGUGUGAUGUAUAAAUUAAUGCCUUAUUAUUUACUGUUGGUAGCAGCAGCAUGGACUGUUCUCCUGUUUAGCCACCAGGGGGCAGUCUUGUUUAUGUUAUUUUUCACCAGUCCUCUACAGUAUCUGAUGAAGUCAUUUGUACAGAGAGGUGGUGCGCAGGGAGCCCAGGGAUCGGUGCGAAAUUUUGGGCUUAUGGGUUGAUUUACGCAGUGUGAAAUAUUAUAUUUCAAGGACCAGUUUAAUGUGCUUUUAACCGUUCUGACCAUUGCUUUCCCCCCUUGUAGACUAGUGAAUACUUCAGGUGAUCCAAAACUUAGAAGGGAAAAUUAUAUUUGGGGCUGAGGGGCUUAAAAGGCUGAGGACCACAUAUAUAUUAGAGCAGGGCCCGUGUAUUUCCUUAUGUGUUUAAGAUUGUCCAUGCUCACACACUGUAAUCAGGAGUGUUAUUUCCAUAUAUAUCACACAUAUAGGUUAGCAGGCUGGGUUAUAAGGAUGGGACAAGCUGUUUAUUCUGUCCCUGGAUUCAGAUGUGCAAUUAGAUAGUUCUGGUUAGAUAAAUGAUUCAGAUGCCCUGUCUUAGUCACUGACACCCCAAUGGUUUCCAGUGAGGAAAUAAUUACUGUAUUGCCAGAUUGGAUUUGGAAACCCUAUCCUGUACAAACUAUGGAAUAUAUUAAUACAGAUCAGAAUUUUCUUUUUCUUUUUUGAUGUGACAAUGAAAUAUUAAAGAGCCAUUCUUUCUAUGUUUACCCUCAUUCUAGUGGAAGUGGAAUGAUCAUUUUUUAGAAGAAUUUUAAAUAUCUUGGCUUUGGAAAUGUUUGGAAUUAAACUGGAAAAAAGUACUUUUUUUGUGUUGAGCCUUUUAUCAAAUGAUAAUGCGGUUUCAGUAAAAAUAAAUAAAUAAGUACAACAGCAAUGUUGUGCUUGUCAAAAGUA